AUGACGAAGAAUCUGGUACUCGACCCGUCUCAUGCCGAGGCACCAACUCGCGACCACCAAAACUAUCCCAGCAGUUUGCCAGAGGCAAAGGAGACCAAAGUGCACCCUACAAAUGCUGGAGGAGAGAAUGCGAGUCUGUAUUUCGUUGGUACUGCAACGACGAUAUUGGAGUGGGAAGGAGUCCGUAUCAUGACUGAUCCCAACUUCUUGCAUGCUGGAGAUCACGUACAUCUAGGACCUGGUGUAACAGGCACAAGACAGACAAAUCCAGCACUUGAUCUGCACGAGCUUCCUCGCAUCGAUGCAGUUUUGUUGUCCCAUUACCAUGCGGAUCACUUUGACCAAAAGGUUGAAGCCUCGCUUCGCCGGUCAUUGCCCAUCAUUACCACACCUCAUGCCAAAGAACAUCUGACCGCUAAGGGGGAGGACGAGUCAUUCAGCCGGGUUUACGAUCUCGACUUCUUCCAGAGCAUGUAUGUCGAUAUUCGCAAGUCUGGAACUACACAUGAAGCUACAAACAAGAAGGUACCGGCUGUCAAGGUGACGGGUAUGCCUGGCAAACAUGUACCUCAGGGUAUGCUGAGCAAAGCCAACGAUAUUCUCGGUGCUGUUCCUCCUACCAAUGGCUGGAUGCUGGAGCUGGGCUACAAAGAGGGCGAUGGCAACUCUACCGACAGCUUCAAGAACGGAUACAGGAUUUACAUCUCUGGCGAUACUCUCAUGGUCGAUGAGCUCAAAGAGAUUCCAGAACGCUACAAGGGUCAAAACAUCGAUCUCAUGUUGAUCCACUUGGGCGGCACCACGAUCCCAUCGCCAAAACUUCCAAUGUUGAUGGUGACCAUGGACGCAAAGCAAGGUAUCGAGCUUGUCAGAAUGAUCAACCCUGAUCUGACCAUCCCUAUCCACUACGACGAUUAUGAUGUUUUCUUGAGUCCCCUGGAUGACUUCAAGAAGGAAAUGGAGAAGGCAGGUUUGACUGACAAGGUUGUGUAUCUGGAUCGCAAGGACCAGUACAAGUUUGCUGUUCAACAUGGACAAUGA